GACAUUAUUACCUUGAAGGUGUACUUAAUCAUUCUCCUUGAUAAUUCCUCAUGAACAAACCUAGGGAGAAUGAAAAGGAGUUACGUCAGUUCCAGUAGGCAGUAGCCAUGGCAACCCCGGUAACAUCGCCAUGGAAACCCCGUUAUGAGAUUAAAGUGAGGAUUUGUUUCUAUAAUGCUUUACUCUAAAGCGUAAAUUAUUAUCCAGAUUGAAUAGUGCUGCUAUUGACUCUUCUGGCAGUUACCGAAGUGUCACUGUUACUGCUGUCAAGUUUUGAAAUAAUCAACGUGAAGUUUUAACGACAUGAAGUAAUAUUCUGCAUAAUGGAUUCGUCAACGGAGUCGAAAAGAUCAAGUCAAUACGAAAAGUCCAAAAGCUACCAAGAAGAUAUCAGUUUUGAAAUUCAAGGACAACUUUCGAAAUUAUUUCCAACCAAAAAUCCAUUCCGCAACAAACAUGAACUGUACGCAGAAAAUAGUUGUAAGACGAAACCACGAACCGCACCUUGUGAGAAAUCUAAGAGAUGUGCAAAAAGAAAGCAAAUUCAUAAAUUUUGUGAAAGUGACGAGCUUGAAGAUCCUUUCGGGGAAGCUAAUAUUUUUUCCUUGCCGAGUGCUUUAUUGGACUUUCCAAAAAAGAAAAUUCCAAGAGUUCUCAGAUGUACGCCGUCUAAAGAGCGUCGCGAGAAGGAACUGCUUUUCAAAAUGAAUUGCUAUACGUCACUUCGCAAAAAACGUGAAGAGUUUAGACAGAAUCUUGUCAGGAUGAUCAUGGGACAGGAUGACGACGACACUGUCAAUAUUCCUUCCGUGUGUGCAGGAAAUUGGAUAACUGACGAGGACAAGGAAUUAUUGAGAUACUACUAUUAUAUAACGCACGGUAUAGAUGACGUUCACGUAGGACCGAUGGAUUCUGCGGUGUUGAAAAAAAUUUUGAAUCUCGUACCCACGAAGUGGAAACAAAAGUUUAAAGAUACAAUGACUCAGGUUAUUCAAGAUGCGAAGGACGACUAUGCGAUUAGCGUCAAAAAGUCAAUUGUCGAUUUCGUUCUGCAGGAUCCGAUGAACGAUAUUUUUGAGGACGAUGAUAAGGGUCCAAUUUCCAAGGAAAAUUACGAGAUUAAACACUUCCCACCAGAGUUCGGUGUUCAGUAUAGAAAAACAAGAGUAAAAUUACAAAGGAACCUCCAUCUGUAUCAUCCUUGUAUGAGAAGAACUUUGGAUCUAUGGUUUAGUGAAUUCGAGACAAUGAGGCUCAUCGAUAGGAAAGUUUUGGAGUCAACUCACCAGACAUACGAUCUCGUAGUCUUCGAAUAUAAUUAUUUACAAAUGGCUGAGAAAUCUAGAGACAAAUUGUGCAAUGAUUGGCUUCCGAGAAUAUACAAUAUUUUUUUAACGGGAUACAAAAAGGGUCUGUUACCAAAUGACACGAACGAGACGAAGAUGCGAAAGUUUUACAAUUGUCUUGCGAUAAUAAUGGAAUCUCACCUACAAAGUUUGUGUCUCAGAUCAAUGGAGGAUUAUGUCGACUUUCUUAUGGACGUCGGUACGAGAGGAUCGAGAAAUCAAAAGAUAUAUAGCAAUUGCGGAUUCAACAUAAACGUCGUGAUAAGAAACAAGGCUGUGGGAUUUGAUCCAUCGUUUAAAGCUUUCAUUGAUACAUUGCUGAUGCUUCUUAAUACGCUGUACGAGUCCGUUUCUGGAUAUCCACGAUUAGAGAUGAAAUUAUACGACAUGGAUAGUAGUAGUGCUAAUCCACCGGUAUUGAAGCCCAUAGUUUUGCCAGAAAUUUUGGACGCGCAUACACAAAACAUCAUAGAGCUCAUACAAGAGCAUCGAAUAGGACCGGAACUGCAAGUUCAAGACUUUGACAGAUAUAUCUCCCUGAUAAACGACGACGACGAGAUACUUGUGAAAGAAUUUCUGGCAGCCGAUCCGCCACACACUUUUGAAGAAUAUGGAGCGAUGAUCGGCAAAUAUCACGAACUCGCAAGAAACAUUUCAACUGCUUUUCAUCGUACUUUGUUCACUGGAUUGUACGAAGUUCACCGAGCCCACUUGAUGGAACACAUGGCAAGUGUGGCUAAUGUUCAUAAGGAGUCGUUGCUGAACCAAAUGAUUGCCGAUUACCAACAUAAGUCCCGAGCUAUAGGGGAAGAGUAUCAAGCUAUUGCUGAUCAAGCACUCAGCACUCCUCCGAAUACUGCUGAAUUAAUGGAGCUUACUGCUUUUGUGCAAAAAGCCGAAAACGAACUGGUUUACGAAUUGGAGAACCGUCUUAGGGAAGUCAUGAAAUAUAUUUUAUUUUUAUCGGAUUAUACGCUGUUAACGCCUGUUGAAAUAAAAACGAACAACUUUGCAUUCCAGUGGUACCAUCGCAUGACGUCCGUAUUUGAGGAGCAUCGCAGAAUAAUUUCUAGCAAAACGGGCGAAUAUCAAGAUGCGUUACUCAUGAGAAUCGAAAAAUUCAAGCAGGACUUGGAAUUAUAUUGGAAGCAGUGUAACGAGAUUCAGUACUGGGGAAACAUCGAAGAGAUUUUUCGCUAUAGGAAGAAAGCUACGAGUCUUGAAAAUCGAUUGAUCACUGCUAUGGAAACUAUUGAUAGAUUUAAUGAAGAGGAACAAAUGUUCGGUUGGGAAUUGUCGCAAUAUCCAUUGAGAAAGAAGAUAGCAGACAGAUUAUCACCAUACAAAAAACUGUUCGACGCAGCUUGCGAUUUUUUGUCAAAUUACAACAAAUGGAUGGAGUCAAUGGUUGGUUCUCACGAUCCCGAGGAAAUCGAUACCGAGACCGGUAUAGCCUAUCGUACCAUAGCGAAAUUAGAGAAAACCUUUGGGGAACCAGCAAUUCGAAAACUGGCGGAAACAGUCAAAAUGAAAAUAGAAGAUUUUCGAGAACACAUGUCCAUAGUGACGACUCUUGGAAAUCCAGGAAUGAAAGGUCGUCACUGGGAACAAGUUUCCGAAAUCGUUGGGUUUCCUAUUAAAGUCGAUCAAAGUAUGACGUUGGCUAAAAUAAUUGACUUCGGCCUGGACGAUUAUGUAUCGAAAUUCGACGGGAUUUCCGAGGCAGCAACGAAGGAAAGCAAUUUGGAAAAGGCCUUACUUAAAAUGCAUGCCGAUUGGACUGACAUCGAGUUCACUGUGAAUCCAUAUCGAGACACGGGAACUUUUGUAAUUGCCAGUGUCGAUGAAAUUCAAUUAUUAUUGGACGAUCAUCUGACGAAGGCACAGACCAUGAAGAAUUCCUUGUACAUAAAACCAUUCGAAAAGGAAACACUAGAAUGGGAGGCAAAGCUGCACCUGCUGCAGGAUAUUAUAGAUUAUUGGCUCAAAGUCCAAUCAACGUGGAUGUACCUGGAACCGAUAUUUUCUUCGCCAGAUAUUCAGCAGCAAAUGCCUGAAGAAGGACGCCGUUUCAGCGCUGUCGAUAAAAUCUGGAGAGACAUCAUGUCAUACGUUGUAGCAGAUCCUAAAGUGAUGUCGGUAGUCGAGAUAGAUAAGAUGUUGGAUAGAUUGAAGAAAAGCGCGGGGUUGCUGGAAUUGAUACAGAAAGGCCUUAAUGAUUAUCUCGAAAAGAAGAGACUGUUCUUUCCACGAUUCUUCUUCUUGUCCAAUGACGAGCUUUUGGAAAUUCUAUCGGAAACGAAAGAUCCUACGAGGGUUCAACCGCACUUGAAGAAAUGCUUCGAAGGCAUCGCUAAACUUAGUUUCACUGAAGCGAUGGAAGUAACAAUGAUGAAAUCUUCAGAGGGUGAAGAAGUUGCGCUUGAAAAUAUUAUAGAUACUGCAGCUGCACGUGGUCAAGUUGAAAAGUGGCUGAUCGAAUUAGAAUUCGAGAUGAAGAAAAGUGUCAGGGCUCAGGUGAUAAGAGCCAAGGAUGCAUAUUUGAAAAAAUCUCGAAGCCGAUGGGUGCUCGAAUGGCCUGGUCAAACAGUUCUUUGCAUAAGUCAGCUUUACUGGACCACUGACGUCACUUCUUCUUUCCCAAAAGGGCCUGAUGGCCUCAAAGAAUAUAUCGACGCGUGCAACAAUGAAUUAAAUCAAAUCAUUGUGCUUGUACGUGGAAAAUUAUCCACGCAAAAUCGCACAACUUUAGAAGCAUUAGUCACUCUUGAUGUGCAUGCUCGGGACGUGCUUGUUGGAUUAUGGGAGCAGAAUGUUGAAAAUGAAAAUGACUUUAAAUGGCUGUGCCAAUUGCGAUACUACUGGAUGAAUGACAAUCUGGUGACGAUGAUGAUCAAUUCAUCUCUGAAGUAUGGUUACGAGUAUCUGGGUAAUACGUCACGUCUCGUUAUAACGCCAUUAACAGAUAGAUGCUAUCGUACACUUUUUGGAGCAUUGAGUCUUCAUCUGGGUGGUGCACCGGAAGGCCCUGCCGGAACCGGAAAGACCGAAACCACAAAGGAUCUAGCAAAGGCAGUUGCCAAGCAAUGCGUUGUAUUCAAUUGCUCAGAAGGACUGGAUUACAUUGCACUUGGAAAAUUCUUUAAGGGUCUCGCGUCAUGUGGUGCAUGGUCAUGUUUCGAUGAGUUCAAUCGAAUUGAUCUAGAAGUUCUGUCCGUGGUGGCUCAGCAAAUAUUAACAAUCCAAAGAGCAAUUAAUUCUGGAAAAUCAACACUAGUUUUUGAGGGUACUGAACUCAAAUUGGAUCCAACUUGUGCUGUUUUUAUAACUAUGAAUCCAGGAUACGCAGGACGCUCGGAACUUCCUGAUAAUCUUAAAGCACUUUUCCGAUCAGUAGCCAUGAUGGUACCCGAUUACGGACUGAUUGCUGAGAAUACUUUGUACUCUUAUGGAUUCUACAAUGCUCGUCCACUCUCGAUAAAAAUCGUAAUGGCCUACAGACUUUGCUCUGAACAAUUGUCGAGUCAGAGUCAUUACGAUUAUGGGAUGAGAGCUGUCAAGUCAGUUCUUAUAGCUGCCGGUAACUUGAAACUGAAAUAUCCGAAUGAGAAUGAAGAUAUACUGAUGCUCCGCAGCAUAAAUGAUGUCAAUCUUCCUAAAUUUCUAAGUCACGACUUGCCGCUCUUUCAUGGUAUCGCAUCUGAUCUUUUUCCUAAUGUGGUGCUUCCUGAUCCUGAUUACACGGAUUUGAAUUCCUGUACAUACGACGCUUGUGCUGAAGCUAAUAUGCAAUGCGUUCCUGUAUUCUUGGAGAAAAUUCAUCAGAUUUACGAAAUGAUGAUCGUACGUCAUGGUUUCAUGAUUGUUGGUUAUCCAUUUGGUGGAAAGACUUCAGCUUACAAAAUACUUGCAAAAGCACUGGAACUCUGCGAGGAGCGAAGUCUGAUGAACGAGCAUAAAGUCGAAACAGCCAUCAUCAAUCCAAAAUCUAUUACUAUGGGUCAAUUAUACGGACAGUUUGAUCCAGCAUCUCACGAAUGGAGCGAUGGAAUAUUGGCUGUUAAUUAUCGAACUUUUGCAGUAUCUACAAAUGAAAAUAGAAAGUGGCUAAUAUUCGAUGGACCAAUUGAUGCUGUGUGGAUUGAAAAUAUGAACACCGUUUUGGAUGAUAAUAAAAAGUUGUGCCUUAUGAGUGGUGAAAUCAUACAAUUGGCUCCUACGACCAAUUUGAUAUUCGAGCCAAUGGACUUGGAAGCUGCAUCACCUGCUACAGUCUCUCGUUGUGGAAUGAUUUACAUGGAACCUUCUGCACUCGGAUGGGAACCUUUGUUAAGGUCUUGGAUCCAAACGACUCCUGAGGUAUUGACCGAUUGGUUGAAGAAUUUCAUGAUCGAUAGUCUCUUCUUGAGAUUUUGCAAACCACUUAUUCAUCUUCUACGCCGUGGAGAUGUCAGGGAAAUGUGUCCAAUGCCAGAUUCAAAUCUCUUGCGAUCCGUGACAUAUCUUAUGGACUGUUUCCUGGCAGAUUAUAAUGAUGAAAAAGUCAUUGAAAACCUAACUGAUCUAGACUUACGUGCGCAAAUAGAGGGUUCAUUUUUCUUCUCGUGCAUCUGGGCCAUGGGCGGAACGUUGGAAGCGAAGUGCAGAGAAAAAUUUAGUCUUCUGUUUCACGGCCUUUUGGAAAAGGAAUUUCCAGUAGCUCUUCUAACACAAUUCCAAUUGACUGAGCCAAUUCCACCCCCAAUAAAACCAUACAUAUUCAUAAUGCCAAAGGACGGUCUCGUGUUCGACUACAGAUUCAUUAAAGAGGGUAAAGGAAAAUGGAAACAGUGGUCGGACGAAUUGCUAAAUGCACCGCCAAUUCCGCGUGAUAUACCAGUCAAUCAAAUAAUAGUACCAACCGUAGAAACUAUACGAUACACCAAUCUCUUUCAAUUAUUGGUACAAAAUCAGAAGCCGGUACUUUUUGUCGGUCCAACCGGUACUGGAAAGUCUGUCUACAUAAUAGACUUUUUACUGAAGAAAAACAACACUACCGUCUAUAAACCCCUUUUCAUAAAUUUCUCUGCGCAAACGACUGCCAAUCAAACGCAAGAUAUUAUUAUGAGCAAAUUGGAUAAAAGGAGAAAGGGUGUUUACGGGCCACCUAUUGGAAAGCGAUGGGUCAUCUUUGUCGAUGACGUUUCUAUGCCCAUGAAGGAAACGUACGGAGCACAGCCACCCAUCGAAUUGCUCAGACAAUGGCUAGAUCAUUGGCAAUGGUACGACAGAAAGGAGAUCACUCCAAUUAAGUUAAUUGAAAUUCAAUUAAUGUGUGCCAUGGGACCACCAACUGGUGGUGGUAAAGAUGUGACGCCCAGAUUCAAAAGACACUUCUUUACCUUAACCAUUUCUGAUUUUGAAGAUGACGUAAUGAUUACUAUAUUCAGUAAGAUCGUUCUUUGGCACCUUGAUACAAGAGGGUUUAGCAAAGACUUUGAUCCUUGCAUCGAUCAAAUAGUAUUAGCGACUUUGGAUAUCUAUAAGGAGAGUCUACAGAAUUUAUUGCCAACACCCACAAAGUCUCAUUACCUUUUUAACCUUCGUGAUUUUUCCAGAGUCAUACAGGGUGUUCUUUUAUCCGUUCCUGAAACAAUGCCCAAUCUGGUCAGCAUGAAAAGACUGUGGGUUCAUGAAGUGCUAAGAGUAUUUGGUGACAGACUAGUCGACGACAGUGAUAUUACCUGGCUGAUACAACAACUACAUGUAACAGUCAAAGAAUUUAUGGAAUUAAAUAUGGACGAUAUGUUUAGAGACCUCACCGAUAAUUCCGAAUCUCCUCAAGUGGGCGAUGCCGAACUGAGAAACUUAUUGUAUUGUGACUUUAGCGAUCCGAAGGCAGAUAUUCGUUUGUAUCAGGAAGUGCAGGAUUUGGAAGCGCUUCGUUCGAUAGUGGAAGUGUACCUAGUUGAAUUUAAUUCUAUGACAAAAAAACCAAUGAACCUUGUUCUAUUUCGUUUUGCUAUUGAGCAUUUAUCAAAGAUAUGUCGAAUCAUUAAACAACCGAGAAGUCACGCGUUGUUGGUUGGUGUCGGUGGUUCUGGUAGACAAUCAUUGACCAGAUUGGCAUCUCAUAUUUCCGACUAUGACGUGUACCAAGUUGAAAUUAGUAAACAGUAUGGCAUGUACGAAUGGCACGAAGAUAUAAAGACUGUACUGAAGAAAACAACAGCAACGGAAUUGCAUUCGACUUUCUUGUUCACCGAUACUCAAAUAAAGGAGGAAAGCUUUCUUGAGGACAUCAGCAACAUGCUGAAUUCAGGCGAGGUUCCAAAUAUAUUCAAUGCUGACGAGAAGGCUGAGAUUUGUGAGAAAAUGCGACAGAUCGAUCGUCAACGAGAGCGAACUCAGCAAACUGAUGGAAGUCCAGUUGCCCUUUUUAAUCUGUUUAUACAAAUAGCACGUGAGCAGCUGCAUAUUGUAUUAGCAAUGUCACCGAUUGGAGAUGGAUUUCGCAAUAGGAUCAGAAAGUUUCCAGCCUUGGUUAAUUGCUGUACCAUAGAUUGGCUACAGCCAUGGCCGGACGACGCUCUGUUAGCAGUGGCCACAAGAUUCCUUGGGGAAAUUGAACUGACAGAUGACGAAAGAAAAUCCGGCAUUGAAAUGUGUCAAUUCUUUCAUAUAUCAACCCAGAAUUUGAGUAAUGAAUUUUUGACGCGUCUUGGCAGAUAUAAUUACGUCACGCCAACCUCUUAUCUGGAGAUGAUAAACACUUUCAAAGAUUUAUUAGAAAAAAAACGGAGCGACGUGAUACUAGCUAAGGGUCGGUACGAGGGUGGUCUGGGCCGACUUGAUGGCACAAACAGUCAAGUGCAAGAGAUGCAGGAGACUUUAAAAAAUUUGCAACCACUGCUGGUUACUGCGGCUCAGGAUGUGCAACGCAUCUUAGUUAACGUCGAGAAGGAAAGUACAGAAGUGGCGGAGAUUGAGAAGACUGUCAAAGUUGACGAAGAGGCUGCCAUGGAAGUGGCAGCGCAUGCAGCGGAAAUAAAAGCAGAGUGCGAUGCUGAUCUUGCUGAAGUUAUACCAGUUUUGAAUCGUGCAAAUGCAGCACUUAAUACAUUGACUACAGCUGACAUAGCAGUUGUCAAGACCAUGAAGAAUCCACCAGCUGGUGUCAAACUGGUUAUGGAAACAAUCUGCAUUCUUAAGGAAGUCAAGCCGGAACGAAUACAACAGCCGGAUGGAAAACUAGUCGACGAUUAUUGGAAAGCUUCUUUAAAAGUAUUGGGAGACAUGAAGUUUCUUGAUUCCCUCUUGAAUUUUGACAAAGACAAUAUUCCUGAGCGUGUCAUAGAAAAAAUUCGUAAAGACUAUUUUACGAAUAUCAAUUUCGAUCCGGAAAAAAUUAAGACUGCUUCUACGGCCUGCGAAGGGCUUUGCAAAUGGGUUUAUGCAAUAGCAGAGUACGAUGUGGUGGCUCGGGUUGUCAAUCCGAAAAAGAAAGCACUUGCCGAGGCACAAGCACUCUACAACACUGCUAUGGCUGAGUUGAAUGUGAAACGCGAACAACUUCGGCAGAUUCAGGCAAAAUUGACAGUUCUCGAAGAAGUACUGAGAGCGCGAAAGGCUGAUUAUCAAGCGAUGACUGACAAGGUUGCCGAUUGCGAGCAAAAAUUGAAACGUGCCGAAGAACUGAUUGGCGGUUUAGGUGGAGAAUAUACCCGGUGGUCAGAGGCUGCCAAGGAGUUGGGUGAAAGGUACUACCGCUUGACUGGGGAUGUUAUAAUUGCAUCUGGGAUCGUGGCUUAUCUUGGUCCAUUUACGAUGCCGUUUAGAAUUCAACAAAUAGAAUCUUGGAUAAAACUUUGCACCGACUUGAAAGUCAUUUGUACUCAAGAUUUUCAAUUACGCGAGGUCUUGGGUGAUCCAGUAUUAAUAAGAUCUUGGAAUAUAUUUGGAUUACCCAGCGACUCCUUUUCGAUAGACAAUGGGAUUAUUGUGAAAAAUGCUAGAAGAUGGCCGCUCAUGAUAGAUCCUCAAAGUCAGGCCAACAAAUGGGUAAAGAAUAUGGAGAAGCAGAAUAACAUGAGCAUCAUUCGUCUCACACAGAGCGACUAUGCGAGAGUUUUGGAAAAUGCAAUACAAUUCGGUCAACCAAUAUUGCUUGAAAAUGUUGGCGAGGAACUGGAUGCGAUGUUGGAGCCAGUAUUGCUCAAGCAAACUUUUAAACAAGGCGGAGCAAUCUGCAUAAAACUGGGAGAUUCUGUAAUAGAGUACAACAAAGACUUCAGGCUUUACAUAACAACUAAACUAAGAAAUCCUCACUACUUGCCCGAAAUUGCUGUCAAGGUGACUCUACUGAACUUUAUGAUAACGCCAAGUGGAUUGGAAGAUCAAUUGUUGGGUAUUGUAGUAGCAAAGGAAAGACCAGAUUUAGAAUCUGAAAAAAAUGCCCUCAUUAUUCAGGGAGCUACCAAUAAAAAGUUGCUUAAGGAAACUGAAGAUAAAAUCUUAGAAGUUUUGUCAGUAGCCGAAGGCAAUAUUUUGGAAGACGAAGAAGCAAUAAAUGUCUUGACAUCUUCAAAAGUAUUGAGCAAUGAUAUACACGUGAAGCAGGCAGCUGCAGAAAUCACUGAAAAGUCAAUAGAUGCUGCACGACUUCAGUACACACCAAUUGCCGUGUACUCAACCGUAUUGUUCUUCACAAUUGCUGUCCUGGCAAACAUAGAUCCAAUGUACCAAUAUUCAUUGACGUGGUUUGUUAAUCUUUUCAAAAUGGCUAUCGACAAUACCGAACCCGAUGAAAACAUUGAGAUACGCCUAAAGGAACUGACCAAAUAUUUCACAUACUCUUUGUACGUGAACAUAUGCAGAUCCUUGUUCGAAAAAGACAAGCUACUGUUUGCUUUACUGCUGGUAGUCAAUUUGUUAAACAAACAAGAUAAAAUAUCUAUGGUUCAAUGGAUGUUUCUACUGACUGGCGGAGUGGGGUUGGAUAAUCCAUAUCCAAAUCCAGCACCUUGGCUGCCAAUUAAAUUGUGGAAUGAACUAUGUCGAUUAGACGACGUGUCGGGAUACAAAGGAAUCAGAGAAGCCUUUGCGAAGAAUAUAGAAGCGUGGAAAAAGUUAUUUGAUUCGAAGGAGCCACAAUCUUUGGAUUUACCAGCGCCAUUCAACGAUCUUACGCAAUUUCAAAAAAUGUUAAUUCUAAGAUGCAUUCGGCCUGACAAAGUGAUACCAGCUAUUCGGAACUUCGUGGAGGUUGAACUUGGACCUCCAUUCGUAGAUCCUCCACCGUUCGAUCUAGCCUCAUCUUAUGCAGACUCUCAUUGCUGUGUGCCGCUGAUAUUUGUUUUAACGCCAGGAGCAGAUCCCGCACAAUUGUUAUUAAAAUUCGCAGAUGAUCAAGGCUUUGGAGCAAAUCGUUUAUUCUCUUUAUCACUUGGUCAAGGUCAAGGUCCCAUAGCUGUGCGUUUGAUAAACGACGGCGUCAAGUAUGGUAAUUGGGUCGUGCUUCAAAACUGUCAUUUGGCAAAAAGCUGGAUGAGUACCCUUGAAAAAAUUUGUGAGGGUUUAUUACCAGACACUAUACAUCCUGACUUUCGAUUAUGGUUAACCAGUUACCCAGCCGAACAUUUUCCGGUAUCUGUGCUCCAAAAUGGUAUAAAAAUAACAAACGAACCGCCCAAGGGUCUCCGAGCAAAUAUCAUCAGAUCUUAUUUAAGCGAUCCGAUCUCGGAUCCCGAAUUUUUUGAGUCGUCCAAACAAAGCGAUUUUUUCAAAAAGCUCCUGUAUUCUCUUUGCUUCUUUCAUGCCAUUGUGCAAGAGAGACGACACUUUGGUCCCAUUGGCUGGAACACGCCGUAUGAAUUUAACGAAACUGACUUGAGGAUCAGUGUCUUACAAUUAAAUAUUUUUCUUAAUCAAUACGAUGACGUGCAAUUCGAAGCACUUAAAUAUUUGACUGGAGAAUGUAAUUAUGGUGGGAGAGUCACUGACGAAUGGGACAGAAGGACCUUGAAUACGAUUUUGGCAAAAUUUUACUCCAAAGAAGUCUUAGAGGAAGAUAGAUAUUACUUUGACGCUGAAUCAAAUAUUUAUUAUUGUCCAAACGCAAAGGAAUAUGAUGCCUAUAUGGAGUACACUAAGAAGUUACCAUUGACUACAGCACCUAGUGUCUUUGGGAUGAAUGAAAAUGCAGACAUCAUCAAAGAUCAAAACGAGACGGACGUGCUGUUCGCAUCGACUCUGCUCACUCAGGAUCGAACAGAUCAAUGGGAGCUGAAGGAAAUGUCGACCACUGGACCAGGUGAAAAAUCUGGAGACGACGUGGUUUUUGCAGUGACGAGUGACAUUUUAAAAAAGUUACCACAAGACUUCGAUCUGGUGGCUGCUCUUGAAAAGUAUCCAACGUCUUACAACCAGAGUAUGAAUACUGUGCUGGUACAGGAAAUGGGAAGAUUUAAUAAAUUGUUGCAGUGUAUAAGAGGCAGUCUGGUUAACGUACAAAAAGCUAUAAAAGGCCUAAUUGUACUUUCAUUCGAACUCGAAGAAGUUGUCGGUGCAAUUUUAACUGGAAAAAUUCCAACUUUAUGGAUGCGCCGUUCCUAUCCAUCUUUAAAACCACUGGGCAGCUACGUCAAUGAUUUUUUGGAACGCUUACAAUUCUUACAAAAGUGGUAUGAGAAUGGGCCACCGAUUACAUUUUGGAUUUCGGGAUUUUAUUUUACACAAGCUUUUCUGACUGGUGCCAGACAGAACUAUGCUAGAAAAUAUCACAUACCAAUUGAUCUUUUGGUAUAUGAUUUUGUGACACUAAAGGAAACUGUUUUUCAAACUCCGCCUGAAGACGGAGUAUAUAUUUAUGGAUUAUUUUUGGAUGGAGCCAGAUUCAAUAUGGAUAAAAUGGUCGUGGAUGAAAGCCUACCGAAAGUUUUAUACGAAAACGUGCCACACAUUUGGUUAGUUCCCAUGAAGAAGGAAGACGUCGCUGUGAGGCAAACCUAUACGUGUCCGGUUUACAAAACCAGCGAGCGCCGUGGUGUACUUUCUACUACCGGACAUUCUACAAAUUUUGUAAUUGCCAUGUGGCUUCCAACUGAGAAAUCACAAGAGCAUUGGAUAAUAAGAGGUGUAGCAAUGCUUUGUCAAUUAACGCAAUAA